GAAAGUGAAUUAGAGUUCGUCGGCGAUUAAGGGGGGAAAAAAAGAGAACUCUCAAAUUAGGGUUUCCAUUUCAAUGUAUGAUUUUCAGCGUGAGGAGUUUUCAUUGAUACAAGAGGCCUCGAUUAUCUUCUUAAUGUCGUCGAAGGCUUUCACAAGCUCCAUUGGACGCAGGUAUGCCGGGGUAAGUGGAAGUCGUACUGAAAACUGAAUGUGUAAAUCAUUUUCUAACUCUGGAUUUCUCUUGAAGUUCGUGGAUUUGUUGAGGGAUUUUAAAUAGUGUAUACUAGCCAUUGCCUUGAUCUGAAAUCUGUGUUGGGCUGAAAUUUUGCGUUAGUUCACUUAGAAAAUUAGUGCUCUGGUAGUAUGAUCUUCUCUUGUGCCAAUGCUUUGAUUUAAUUUGAAGUAUCAGAUAUUUUUUGAGGCUUUUAUAUUUGGUUGUUCAUGAAAGAGGUGAUGCCUGCAUUUGUAUGCGAAGAAAUCGGUAGUGUAUUGUGAGACAAGGGGCUGUUAGAGUAAUUUGUGCAUUAAAAUGGGACCUCAUAUAUUUAGAUCCAUUCCAAAAAGGUACCAGUAUCUCAAUAUGGUUGUUAGAUGUAAAACAACAUCUUCCCAAUAUGUUGCAUCAAGAGCUAGAGAUCCAACGUUUGAGAAACUGAUGGAUAGGUACAAAAAUCUUCUAAAAGUGGUUGCUGUCCAAGAUCUUAUCCUUGCUAAUCCGAGGAAUCAAUCGGUAUCUCUAGAAUUCCUCUCGAGGCUUUCCCAGAAGCUCCAUCUCAACCGUGGCGCUGCCUCCUUCCUUCGCAAAUACCCUCAUAUUUUCCACAUAUUCUAUGAUCCAAACAAGACUCAACCAUUUUGCAAAUUAACAGAUACUGCCAUCCAUAUAGUUUGUGAAGAAGCAGAUGCUAUCAAUGCUUCAUUGCCUCUGGUUGUUGAUAGAUUAGUCCGGCUUUUAUCAAUGUCGAAUUCUAAGAUGUUACCACUGCGUGCCAUUUACAAGGUAUGGAGGGAGCUUGGCCUCCCUGACAAUUUUGAGGACUGUGUGAUAUCGAAAAACUCUCAUAUUUUUCAGCUUUGUGAUGCGCAUGAACCAAAUACUCAUUUUUUGAAGCUGGUUGAUGACAUUCCGAGAAAUCAUUUCCGAGCAGCUGUCGAUGAAUGGAGAGUUACUCAGUGUUGUAAAGACGGAUGUACCGUUGACGAGACAGAAAUCAAGUAUAGUUUUAAACAUAGCUAUCCUCCGGGGAUGCGGUUGAGAAAAACUUUCAAGGCCAAGGUUAAGGAAUGGCAAAGGUGUCCAUAUACCGGGCCAUACGAGGGAACACUUGACGGUAACAAGCAUGGGAACACUGCUAUAGCACUAGAAAAACGAACAGUUUCAAUUAUUCACGAAUUCAUGACUUUGACCGUGGAAAAGAUGGUGGAAGUAGAGAAGAUCAGCCAUUUUAGGAAAUGGUUUGGCAUUGAAUUAAAUAUAAGAGAUCUGUUCUUGGAUCAUCCUGGGAUAUUUUAUUUAUCAACCAAGGGAAAGAGACAUACCGUUUUUCUAAGAGAAGCUUAUGAGAGGGGGUGUUUAAUAGAUCCAAAUCCAGUUUAUACUGUAAGGAGAAAACUCCUAGAUUUUGUUGAUAUGGGGCGUCGUGGUUUACCUCCUAGCAGCUUAAGACAGAAGGUAGAUCAAAUUCACAUUGAGGAUGGUGACUUUCCUCUAGAUAACAAAUGAACAAAGGACAAUAUUUAUAGUCUUUCAAUAAGUGUUUCAAAGCUCAAUAAUGACUCUACAAUCGGUGAAAUCAUUGUUGGUCCGAAAUUUGUGAUACAUUGUGUAUCUGAAAACAAAAAGGAGAA